AUGGGACAAGAUGGUUCCAGUCCAGUGGACGAGAGCGCUCCCUCCAAGACACUCGAAAGCCGUACCCUCGAUGGUCUAGCCAAGUACAUCCGCGAUGGACAUGCAAAGCGCAUUGUUGUCAUGACCGGCGCAGGCAUCUCGACAAGUGCUGGCAUCCCCGAUUUCCGCUCGCCAAACACUGGUCUCUAUGCCAAUCUUGCUAGACUCAAGUUACCGUACGCGGAGGCUGUUUUCGACAUCUCAUAUUUCCGCGACAACCCGACGCCAUUUUAUACUCUGGCUCACGAGCUUUAUCCUGGGAAAUAUCGUCCGACUGUUACACACUCGUUUAUCCGUUUGCUGCAUGAGAAGGGGCUGUUGCUCAAGCUGUUUACGCAGAAUAUUGACUGUCUUGAACGCGAAGCUGGUGUGCCUGAUGAGUCUAUCAUUGAAGCCCAUGGCAGUUUUGCUCGUCAGAGUUGCAUUGAUUGCAAAAGCGCAUACCCCCAGGAAGAGUUGAAGAAACACAUUGAAGCCAAGACUAUCCCUCGCUGCCAAAAGUCCAGCUGCAAUGGUUUAGUAAAACCCGAGAUUGUCUUUUUCGGCGAGCAACUACCCAGUGCAUUCUUUGACAACAUUGAUGUGCCCACGGAAGCCGACCUCUGCAUUGUUCUGGGCACUUCUCUGCAGGUACAGCCAUUCGCAAGUCUACCCGGCGCUUGCAAGUCCGGCGUCCCUCGAGUGCUGAUCAACAUGGAAAGGGUCGGUGGUCUCGGUUCACGUUCCGACGACGUCUUGCUAUUAGGCGACUGCGAUACAGGUGUCCGAAAACUCGCAAAAGCCGUCGGCUGGCAAGAUGAGCUAGAAAAUCUAUGGGCAAAAACAGAUCCUGAAUAUGUUGCUGGCAAGCCCAUCAAGACAAAAGACGAGAUUGCCAAAGAAGAAGCCAAGAAGACACGAGAUGAGAGGUUCCAGGAUGAAGUCGACAAGCUUACCAAAGAGGUGGACAAGACUUUGGAUUUGUCCAAGUGGCAUCAGGAUCAGAUCAGAAAGGAUCAUCUUGACGACCAAACCGAUUCUGGCUCCAAGGACUCGGCUAACAGCGAGAAGACCAUGCGCUAUGAUGAGAAUGCCGAUGACAAGGAAAAAGCACCUACCAAUGGACUGGGACAUGUGUUUCCGCACAUCAAUGAAAAGUCCUCGCUAUAA